GACAGCACCUGCUGGAACGGAUCAUCCAGAGCUGGAGAAAGACUGGGACUGCCUUGAAAAGCAAACAUUUUGGCCAGCAAUCCAGCCAGGACUGGACUUUGAACUUAAAAUGCCAAAGGUGAAAGACAAGGCAAAGGAAUAUCCAACCGUGAAGGACCUGCAGAAUGUUUUGGACUCUUGUAAGCUACACCUCGGCCAAAUCGAUGAAGUAUGGCCGAACAUAUACAUAGGAAAUUUGGCAGUAGCCCAAAACAAGGCUGUCCUGCUGAAUUUAGGCAUAACUCAUGUGUUAAACGCAGCUCACUCCAAGCAAGGCAGCCUAGGGAACCAGAGCUUUUAUGGCAAGGACUUUGUGUAUUUUGGCAUUCCAGCAGAUGACUCGACCUACUUUGAUCUGGACGUUUACUUCCAGCCUGCAGCAGAUUUCAUUCAUAAAGCUCUGAAGUCACCUGGUGGAAAGGUUUUGGUGCAUUGCAUUAUGGGAAUGAGCCGUUCGUCGACUUUGGUACUGGCCUACCUCAUGAUCUACCAUCAGCUCCCUCUCAAACAAGCCCUACAGAAAGUUAUCCAGAAGAGAGCAAUCUACCCAAACAGGAAUUUCCUGGCUUUGCUGCUGGAUCUGGAUCUUCAGCUGACGAGGAAAAAGAAAACCUGUCAGAUCCUGUAGAACUAUUCCGCUUUGCAGGUUCACAGCAAGAUGUAAGGCAGUCUGUUGAUCCAGCUGUCUGGACAGUGGCAUUUCUGUAGAAAGAUGUUUUGGCUUAGCUGGCUGGGAUAUUUAGAUUGAUACUGAUAUUAUACUGGAAUCUUAAACCUAAAAUGGUAAUCAGGGUACUUAUCUACGUCUACAAUAACUCCACCUUUCAGAUGCCUCCCGCUUAAAAAAAAAAAUAAAGAAAGAAAAAGAACACCAAAACGCUAUAAACUUAAUUCUCUCUCUCAAAAAAAAAAAAACUUGACAAAAUUAUUCAGAAUUUUCCCAAAGUCCAACGUUCUUUCUUUUCAAAGACUGCAACAGUUCUUCAGUGGCUCAAGAGAAUUUUACUCCUUCACCAGUUCUUACCUUCAUUUUUUAUCCUAUGUGCUGCAAUUUUACCCGUUUCUACUUUCAUUUUUUUCCUGGGGGAAUUUCAUUAAAUGCCCAUGAACCAUUGCAUAUAAAUUUAUUACUCAUUGUAGCGGGGGAAUUUUAUGAACUAUGGACAUAAAUUCUUAAAGUGAAACUCAAAUAUUGUAAUUCAGUUGUACGAUAUUUUCUGAAAAAGUUGUAUUGCUUUCUACUCACUUUUAUUAGAUUUAUUAAAUCCUGAUCCCAACCCAGAGUAAAUAUAGUGUUUUGAUAUAUUUCAUUGUAGAAAUAGAGCAAACUUUCUUCAGAAUAGACUUUGAGUGAAAUAUAAAUUAUUAUUUUUAAUUUGUGUUGUCAUUCGAGGUGAUAUCAGCAUAGUAGACACAAAAUGACUCAUGGUUGGUACGAAAAGUCUUGUGGAAGAAAGCACAGAUUUGUUUGACCAAACAAACAAAGCUGCAAAACAACCUCACCUAUUAUAAUUUUUUGUUUGUUUUUACCAUUUUAUUCUUAUGUCUUGAUGUGCUUACUUGUCAGUACAGAAAGUCAUUUGCACUUUUUAUUUUCUCUGACAGAUUAUAUUUUUUUCAGCUUUACUCAUAUCUUAGCAAUGAUUACAGGACUAAAAGUUUUGUUGAAGGGCAUUUGUUGUUCCUCUGUACCCUAUACUUUACACAUAAUGUGCUUUUGUUGAGGUCGUGGUUUUAUUACAGUCUUACUAAACUUUAAGUAUAAAAAACUUCAAAUUUUCAUGUGGUGUCCAUGCAGGAACCAAUGUGCAAAGCACCAAUGGCUGAUUGGCACUAAAAGCAGUUUAGGGUCAAUCUAUUCUGAUGACAAUAAACCAACUUGAAACUUGAAAGCUACACACACAUUUAUACAUCCGUGGUGUUUAAAUUAAUGUAUUGCUCUACAUAAAAUAUUUAUAAAAUGGGCUGACUAGUUGUUCUUUAUCUUUAAUUAUAUAGCAGACUCCUCCUGUCGCGCAAAAAUUGGUUGAAAAGACAUCAUGAUUUAUAUCUAAAUGACGUCUAUGUCUGAUUGAAAAGUGAAUGGUGAAAAGCUGUAAUUUUCAGAUCGUUAAAAAUAAGUUCAAAACUGGGUUUUCAGCUUAUUUUGUUGGACUAAAGUGGGACAAAUAUCAGACAUCAAGGUUCUAUCCCCUGUUUUGGCUAGACAGCUAAAUGGAACUAUAAGAGAUCAUAGCCUCUAAUGCCUGUGCAACUUUGCAGUCAUACGGGUCAUGGCGAUCACAAAACAGGCUUAAUUCAGAGAAAACUGGACAUUCACUUAGUUCUUCUGAAGAAGUUGCAGGAUCUUCCUGGGUUCUGCUUGGGGAAAAGAUAGGGUGAUGGUGAAUAACUGGUCAGAGGAGGUGGGAAGGUGGAGAAUGCUGAACUCACUGGGUUUGAGGUUGUUUUUGGCUUGGAAGGAUGGUGUUCUGGGUCCAGGUGCAAAUUGAGACUCUCUCUCUUGUGAUGGUGUGUAGGGGGGUGGACAGGCAGGGGGGCUCCUGAAGGACGGCUGCAGCAGACUGUGACCUGAGAGAUCCAACGGAUGAGGAAGGUCCAGGCUUGGAGGUUCAGUUAGCUUGGUUGGUAACUAGGAGAGAAAAGACGGAGAGAAGGAAUUAGAGCUGGCUUUUAGAGGAAGCAAGCUGGUAGGUCAUAUACCACGCUGGUAGCGAGAAAGAACUGACGCCCUCCUCCUCGUCCAAGCUCCUCAAGUAGGCUCCAAAUUAACAGAUGAACCACACCUGCCCAUCACGCCUUUGCAGAGAAGAGAGAGAGGCACCAGGCCUGCAGUAUGACAGUAGCAAAGAUGUAACAGUGACCCUACCAUCUCCAAGCCUCCUGCUAUGAGAAGUGGCCAGUAACAUACUGGAGAAAAAGUAGUUCCAGUACUGUAUGGGGAUGCAUAUAAUCAAAGGCUAAUAAGCUAAAAAAAAAAAUCUUGCAUGUUUUACGUUAGAUGUUUUCCACAAUUUUGAAACAUCCCGGAUCUAUUAUGAUGUUUUUUUUUUGCCGCCAAUAAAUGCAGGAAAGGUGCAGAAGACAGUUCCUGCAGACAGUAAUAAAUGAAACAGUUCAUCAACGGCUGGCAGAAGGAUCCAAACAUUAAAACAUGCCUGAUAUAUUUGCUUUGAUUUGAGAAGUAUUCAUCUUAUCUCAAUGGGAAUAUGUGCACUUGAACUUUGAUAAGGAAACUUAGCUUUACA